GCAGGAUAUCUGACGUCACAAAAGCCCAGCCUGGAGCCAGGCAGGCUGGCGUGGGUGGCACGGAGUCCAGGGCUGCGCGGGGCCAUGGGCUGCUGCCAAGACAAGGACUUUCAGACCUCUGAUGAGCAGGCCAAGGACGGAAACUAUGAGGACGGUGGGACCCAGGACAGAGGGCACAGGGAGAGGGAGAGGGGGCGGCCAAGGGGGAAAGCUGAACUGAGGGGUCUCGUCGUCCCCUCAGGCGCCAGAGAUAACGACCUGGACUCGCCUGACCGCCGGAAUCAUAAGUCUAAGUCAAACGAAAGCCUUCUGAUCACCGUGCUGUGGAGGCGGCUAUCACUGUUCAGUCGUCGGGGCUCUGCGCGACCAUCAGGAAAGAAGCAGUCAGAGCAGGUUCCUAAGCGCGGGAGUACGAUCCACGUGGGCGCCCAGGAGGAGACCCAGGAGGAGCCGGAGAAGGGGUGACCCAGCUCUGCUCUCAGUCCGCCCCAGCCUCCAGAGAAUAAAAUUUCUAACGUGGACCUGCACGAACACUUGCGCCUGCCCGUUCUGGGCGUUUC